UCCCACCAGCUUCACUCCUCCUCUGCCAGCACACAUCUGCUGCUGAGGAGAUGGGACACUGAUCCCGAGAGGAGCACUCUGAGCUUUGGAGAUCAGUCCUCGCGGCAUGGCCGGCUGCAUCGCUGCACACUGAGGGAGAAGUCACAGAGAAGAAAUUCCAACUGGAGAAUAUUUACCUUCUCCCCAGGCUGAGCGUUCUCUUAAAUCUGGGGUGAUGUCCCAGCGCUGGUGCAGGCAGGUCCUGCUCGGUGUGGAGCUGCUGGUGGCGGUCCUGGCGGCCGGCGCUGCAGCACAGUUCACUGAGAGGAGGCAGGCGGGCUCGUCCUGCUACGGAGGAUUUGACCUCUACUUUGUGUUGGACAAGUCCGGCAGCGUGCAGCAUUACUGGAAUGAGAUAUACUACUUUGUUGACCAUCUGGCUCACAAGUUCAUCAGCCCUCAGCUGCGGAUGUCUUUUAUUGUCUUCUCCACAGAGGGGAGGACUCUCAUGGCGCUAACAGAAGACAGAGAGCAGAUUCGAGCCGGACUGGAGGAGCUGAGCAUGGUGCAGCCGGGCGGAGACACCUUCAUGCACAGAGGAUUUCAAAGAGCCAGCGAGCAAAUAUAUUACGGGACUGGAGAUGGUUACCGGACAGCCAGCGUCAUCAUCGCCCUGACAGACGGUGAACUGAGAGAAAAUCAGUUUGACCUGGCACAAAGAGAGGCCAGCAGAGCGCGCCAGUUGGGGGCCACUGUGUACUGUGUGGGCGUAAAAGACUUCAAUGAAACCCAGCUUUCAACGAUAGCUGACAGUAAGGACCACGUCUUCCCUGUGAAUGACGGCUUUCAAGCGCUGCAAGGGGUCAUUGACUCGAUCUUGAAGCGGUCGUGCAUUGAGAUCCUGGCCGUGGAGCCCUCCAGCAUCUGUGCAGGAGAAUCCUUCCAAGUGGUUGUCAAGGGAAACGGUUUCCUUCACGCUCGAGACGUACAGAAAGUUCUCUGCAGCUUCCGCAUCAACGACACCAUGACUUUGAUGAAGAGACCUUUGGUGGUGAGAGAUACCUAUCUUCUGUGCCCAGCUCCUGUUCUGGAAAAAGCAGGAACGUCUGCCACUCCCUACGUCAGCAUGAACAACGGCAUCAGCUUCAUAUCGAGCUCUGUCACGAUCACUGCAGUCGCCUGUUCUGAUGGGACGUUUGUGGCCAUAGCUCUGCUCAUCCUGCUGCUCCUGCUGACCGUCGCUCUGCUGUGGUGGUUCUGGCCUCUCUGCUGCACAGUGGUCAUUCAUGAGCCGCCUCCUCCAGUCAUAGAAGACAUCUCUGAUGAUGAGGAUGGCUUUCCGAAGAAGAGGUGGCCCACGGUAGAUGCGUCGUACUACGGAGGCCGUGGAGUCGGCGGCAUCAAGAGAAUGGAGGUCCGCUGGGGAGAUAAAGGUUCCACAGAAGAAGGAGCCAAACUGGAAAAGGCUAAAAACGCUCGAGUGGUGAUGCCUGCGCAGGAGUACGAUCCUCCUCCACGGCUUCACUACCACAUGCACAAAUCGAUGGGUCCCCAGAAGUGGUACACUCCCAUCAAGGGUAAACUGGACGCUCUGUGGGUGUUUCUACGAAAAGGCUACGACAGAGUGUCUGUGAUGCGACCGUAUCCUGGAGACAAGGGCAGGUGCAUCAACUUCACCCGGAGCAAAUCCUACCCGGCUCCUCGCUACCCCAUCUACAACCACCCCUCCACGCCCGUCUACACGCUGCCCCACAGUUACCAGCGUCGUCCGUCAGAGGGCGACCAGGUCUUCCAUUUGCCCCCCUCGCCAACUUCCACCCUCCCUCCUCUGCCGUCCACUCCUCCACCGUCCUCCAGCAGCUCGCCCAUGUACACGCCGCCUCCCAACAGGGCCCUGCCUCCGGCCAACGUUAGCCCCGUCUCCGCGCCUCCGUCUCCAACUGGCUCCCUGCCGCCUCCGCCUCAGGGCCCGCCUCCGUGCCGAGCCCCUCCUCCAUCACGGCCUCCUCCACGCCCCAAUCACGAAAACCACUGAUGAUUAAGUCGAUGAAGAGCAGGAGCCAAGCUCAGAAUGGAAACCUGAAAAGACCCUUUUCGCCGUGUCUGUGCUUAAUUACAUCCGAGCAGAACGACAGCGAUGCUCUGAUUUUGCCUUUUGAGGCUGCGUCUGGUGAUUCUCCACCUGCUCAUGGCUGGAGCGUGAUGUGCCAUGAAACUCGACUUUUUAGAAAGUCUAGAAAAGUGAAUAUUUAGCACAAACAAACACAGCUUUGGCUAUUGGAGUUAAGCAUUUAUUCAGUUUUUAAGAACCUUUCUUCCAACCAAAUCGCACAAUUCGGUCACACUUUGCAACGGAGCAGCUUAAACUUUAACGUCUGCUUUUGUCUGAUGUUAAUUCUAAGCGAUGAAAACUUAAAAUCACAGCAGAAAUCGAGCGGUUCAGCGACUGCUUCAUGUGUUUUAUACAUGCAAGUGUGUUCAGCAGCUGCUCGUCCUGCAAAAUGUAUAUAAUUUGUAAAUGUUUUUUUUUUAAAAAUCAAAAAUACAUGUAUGCACGCACAUUGUAUUUGAUGGACGAUGACAGUUUUGAUGUUAUGAAUAUAUUUUUUUGCUACUGUUGGUACAUUUUUUUAAAAAUUUGAACAGAGCCAGGCUCAGUGUUUGCCCCUUGCUUCAUGUCUUUAUGCUAAGCUAAGCUAAGCUUCACAUUCACUCGACUGAAAUGAGAACGGCAUCGACCUUCUCAUGCAACUUUUGGCAAAAAUGCAAAUUAGCAUAUUUACCACCAGUAAGAUUUAUACAUUCCUCACAUACACGUCUUCAAUAAGUUGCUGGAGAGUCCAUUUAGAUUAAACUCAUGAUCUUGAGCGUCGUAUCUCAAAGUCAUUAACAUGGAAAAUCCUGAAGUUUAGAGACCAGAGAUGUUAAUUGUAAAGCUGUCAGCAAGCGAGCCUUAAAACGCAGGAGUUACAUCUUUGGCCGAGCGCGACGCUGACUGUCAGAGGCUGUUUAAACUCGGUCACGAUGACAAACGUAACCUCUGGAAGCUGCGACUGAUUCGGCAGCCCAUUUGUGAUCAGGCUUGCUCAUACCGAUAUGAUGUGCAAUAAAUCAGUAAAAGAUGUUG